UACUGCAGCUGAAACCAGACCUGCUUGUUUCAGUUUGCGGAGAGAUCUCACGGAGGCAGUCAGUUAACCAGUCGGUCGGUCAGUCGGUGCACCAUGAGCCUGAACGUCCCGGGGCUGGUGGUGAUGGUGGUCUUCUACCUGAUGGUGCUCGGUACCGGCGUGUGGGCCGCCUUCAAGACCAAGCGGGAGCAGAAGAGCAGCCAGGCGAACCGGACAGAGGUCACCCUGCUGGGCAACAGAGGGAUCAGCCUGGCGGUGGGAGUCUUCACCAUGACAGCUACAUUUGUCGGAGGAGGCUUCAUCGUGGGUCUGACAGAGGCAGUGUACACUCCAACCAUGGGGCUGAUGUGGGGAGUCAUGCCAGUAACAGCAGCCAUGUCUUUCAUUAUUGGUGGACUUUUCUUCGCCAAAGCAAUGAGAGACAGAAAAUAUGUAACAAUGAUGGACCCGUUCCAGAUCAAGUAUGGAAACUUAAUAAGUGGAGUUCUGUCUGUUGCGAUUCUCAUAUCUGACAUCUUCUGGGUGACAGGAACUCUCAUCGGUUUAGGAUCAACAAUAAGUGUGGUUCUGGAUUUGUCCUAUACCAUUUGCAUUUGGAUCUCUGCUGCAGUCGCCAUCACAUACACACUAAUGGGGGGCCUCUACUCUGUGGCCUACACCGACAUAAUCCAGCUAACCCUCAUAUUCUUCAGUUUGUGGCUCUGUGUGCCCUUUGCCCUGAUGAACCCCUACUCAGCUGACAUUACUGAGACCGCUUACAACUUUACCUACCAGGCCCCUUGGAUUGGUUCUGUGGAUGGAGAAAGAGCAUGGAGGUGGAUUGAUAAUUUCCUAAUAUUGUGCUUGGGUAACCUCGGAUAUCAGGACUUCCACCAGAGAACCCUGUCAGCCUCCUCAUCCACCACAGCCAUGAUCACCUGCUUCAUUGCAGCUCCCUUCAUCCUGGUACUCGGCAUCCCGUCUGUGUUGAUGGGAGCCGUCGCAGCAUCAACAGACUGGAACAUGACCUCAUACGGCUCCCCGUCCCCAUUCGAGCGUGGAGAAGCUUCUCAGGUUCUGCCGAUUGUCCUGCAGUACCUCACUCCAAGCUAUAUCUCCAUCAUUGGGAUCGGAGCUGUAGCUGCCGCUGUGAUGUCCUCCACAGACUCUGCUUUACUGUCUGCCGCCUCCAUCUUCUCUCUCAACAUAUAUAAGAACAUCCUGAGACCAAAAGCAUCAGACAGGGAGUUCCAGUGGGUGAUCCGCAUCUCCGUGGUGGUGGUGGGUGUGGUCGGCACAUCGCUCACCUUCAAGAGCAACAGCAUAUUGCUUUUCUGGAUCCUGGGCUCAGACAUAACCUACACCAUCAUGUUCCCUCAGCUGGUCUGCAUCCUCUUUUUUAACAUCUCCAAUGGCUACGGUGCCAUCAUGGGCUUGCUGGUUGGGUUGUUGCUGAGAGUUCUGAGCGGUGAGCCAUCCAUAGGGCUGCCCAUCAUCCUACACUUCCCAGGUUGCACUCUGGAAGACGGCAAGUACGUCCAGCGCUCUCCAGUAAGGACGAUCUGCAUGUUAUCUACUAUCAUCGCCACUUUGUUGUUCUCCUACGUGGCCUCACAGCUCUUUGUUAAAGGAUUGAUUCCAGAGAGGUGGGACGUACUCAAAGUGAAGCCCCAGAAACCCCCAGUGACUCUAGCAUUAAACAGCAAUGGAACAGCAGAGGGGGACAGGCCUGACGCUCACACAGAAUUAAUGCCCAACACUAAUCAGCUGUAAUGUUGAGAAGUGGUUUAAUGGAUACAAAUGUGUUUUGUGUGAUGUUAUGUUUUUAUGUCUCUGUUUUUGUAUGAAAUACUCUGUGAGAUUAUAAUCUUAGCUGUGGGAUGUAAUUAAUUUUUAAUUUCUUUGGUUACGUUUUACUGAGAGCUCAUCGAAUUACUGUUGAAUGAUACUGGUGUAGUUUUAUAUAAAUAAACGUUUAAAGAACCUCUAAAGUAAAAAACCUGAGUAUAUAAAUAUCUAUUCAUAUAAAACAGUUGCAUCCUAUACAUGCAUUCUGCAGGUGGUUGCAGACCUGCGUAUGGUUAAUUUUUAAGGCAUACAUUCUAAGUGCUUUGACAUAGAAUUGAUUUUUAAGAUACUAUCUUGUCUAUCAAUGAAACUUCAUUUGUUUAGCACUUUUCAUACAAAUUAAAUGUGACCCAAAGUGCUUUAAAAAAGAAUGAAAAUACCCCCAACAAAGAAUAAACUACCACCUGAA